CCUUCCCAGAGGCAGAAAGGAUAGAGGCAGCGUUCCAGGGACUCCGCUCCUGCCACCCGUUCAGCAGCCCUCUACACCUGGACCGGACCUCCUCGCUUUGGAGGAAGAAUAUAAGAUCUUCAGUAUAUUCCAGUUAUUAUUUUCUGCUUUUAGGCGUUUAAAUGCAGAAUUGCAGGCAAAAACAGCUGACGUGGUUCAACAAGCUAAGGAAAUAAUAAGAGAUCGGCAAGAAGUACGAUCUAGGCCUCUUUCAACACAGAUGAAAUCAUGUGAUGACAAGGAUGGUUAUAGUUUAAGAGGUCCAUUACCAUCUGAAGGGAUAGUUCAUCUUCAUUCAGAAACUAAGCCAAAGACCAAAAACAUUGAUCCUAUAAAGAAGGUUGAAAACAAAUUACACUCUGCAGAUAAAGGAAGGAAAACAAAUUCAAGUGUUAAACUGAAAUAUUCUGAUGUACAGACUGCCAACGAUGUUGCCAUUCCAGAGGAUUUUUCAGACUUUUCCCUUGCAGAAACAUUUAGCAAAAUUGAAGGGCAACUGGAGGAAGAAGGCUUACCAGAAUAUAUAGAUGAUAUUUUUUCUGGUGCUAGUAACGACAUUGGAGCAGAAGCACAGCUCAGAUUUCUAAAGGCCAAACUCCAUGUUAUGCAGGAAGAAUUGGAUAAUGUUGCAUGUGAAUGCAAUAAAAAGGAGGAUGAAAUUCAGAAUUUAAAGUUACAAGUAAAAAAUUUUGAAGAAGAUUUUAUGAAACAGCAGCGAACAAUUCAUAUGCAACAGUCUCAAGUUGAAAAAUAUAAGACUCUUUUCGAAGAAGCAAACAAAAAGUGUGGUGGAUUAGAGCAACAGUUGUCUUCGGUAGAAAAGGAAUUAGAAGACAAAAGAAGAUUGCAGAAACAGGCUGCAAGUAGUCAAAGUGCCGCAGAGGUUCGCUUGAAUAGAGCUCUAGAAGAAGCAGAAAAGUAUAAACUGGAGUUAAAUAAAUUAAGGCAAAAUAACAAGGACAUAACAAAUGAACACCACAAAAAAAUUGAAGUGUUAAAAUCAGAAAACAAGAAGCUAGAAAAACAAAAAGGAGAAUUAAUCCUAGGAUUCAAGAAACAGUUAAAAUUAAUUGAUGUUUUAAAAAGGCAGAAGAUGCAUUUUGAAGCUGCGAAGAUGCUGUCUUUCACUGAGGAGGAAUUUAUGAAAGCACUUGAAUGGAAUGGGGAGAUAAAUAAGUGAUCUACUUCACGAUGCAAUCUCCCUAUGCUGCCCAUGAUGUUCUUCAACUCUUGGGUUCAAGUGAUCCUCCUGCCUCAGCCUCCCAAAGUGCUGGGAUUAGAGGUACGAUUCAUUGUGCCCAGCCAGUUACUAUUUUAUUUGCAGUCAUGACGUGUCUCGGCUGUACAUUAAAAUUCACUAUCUUCUAGAAUUUGAAAAAUCAAGUUUAACUAGUUAUAACUUCCUACUAUAAAGCAGAUCUGUCUCAAACUCAUUUCAAGCACAUGCCUGUUACUGGUGUUAGCAUCAAUUACAAUGUUUUAAAAUAUAUGCCAAAGAUUAGAAUGUAAGUAUUAUAGUUGUUCUAGAGUAGCUUUAGAUUUCCUACACUAAAAGAAAAGAACAGAACCUCUAAAAUACAAGUGGUGGCUCACGCCUGUAAUCCCAGCACUUUGGGAGGCCGUGGAAGGCGGAUCACCUGAGGUCAGGAGCUCGAGGCCAACAUGGUGAAACGCUGUCUCUACUAAAAAUACAAAAAUUAGCUGGGUUUGGUGGCAAAGGCCUCUGAUCCCAGCUACUAGGGAGACUUAGGCAGGAAAAUCACCUCAACCCAGGAGGCAGAGGUUGCAGUGAGGCGAGAUCACGCCACUGUACACCAGUCUGGGUGAUAACUAAUAAAGUUCAAAUUCAAUUGAAAAAGCUCGUAACUCUAAUAAUGUGCCAAGACCAACUCGCUCAUUUUAGAGAGAGUGAAAUGGGCCCAGAGAGGGUCAGUGCCUGGCCAGGAUCCCACUGCUGCUUCAUAACAGAGCAAAACCUAGGCCCUCUGAAAUCCAAAAACCAUGUUUUUUUUUCCCUAUUAGAGGUCAUGAAGAUUACAACUUAAGAUAAAUCUCACUUACUUUAGGGAGAUAGCCUAAUAAGUUUGUAGCAUGCUCUUUGAGAAGUUUUAGUCUUUCUUCUUCAAUAAUUGUAUUAAUAAAUCCUUGCCGCCUUUGCUGCAACUGCCACUCUUCCAGUUCACGUUGCUGGAAAUGCAAGUCAAAUUUUGUUAUCACAAACUACAUUAAUCAUUUACGAAGUUUUCAAAUAAACUAGUCAUGCAAUGAAUUUGAUAAAACUGAUGAAGUAUUUAUGACACUAAGUUAAAAAGAUUCUAGAUAACAUAUAUUUUAUGUCUGCAUAUUUUAUGUCUGCAUACCUAUCUAUUUAUCUUUUACUAUCAUUAUUCCUUUAAAAUUACAAGGAGGCAAACAAAUAAUUUUAGGCAAGUAUCUUCAUUACCAAGGGAAAAAAUAUUCAAUGGAGUGACUGCGUAAUACAUUAAAUAUUUGCUGAAUACUUACCAUGUGCCAGAUGCUGAAGAGUUUACAGUGUAAAACAAAUAAAAAAUAGAGAAUAAAGAAGAUCAGAGUCAUCUGAAGGAUAAAUAUUUUCAUAUAUUGCUACAUAUCUUUUAAAAGAUGAUAUGAAGCAUGAGACUUCCAUUAAUAUUUCUCAGGAAAGAGCUCUUGACUCUUAAAUAAUUACAAGAAAAUUCUGGGCCAUAUGGAAGAAAUGACUUGAGCUAUGUGACAGAGAGUGAACUAACUACUAAGCCACUGUUAAUUGGAAACUGUACUUGCAUUCAAACCUCAUUCUAUCGUAAUUCAUCCAUUCCUUAUAAAGCGGAGAUACAGGAAAGUUCUAUAAUGUUACAUGGGAAAGCAAACUUGAUAGAUUUUUGUUCAAUGGUAGAGUCUAAUUUGGGCAUAAUACAGGAUUUCCCUUCUUAGGAUCUGGUAGGCCACAUUCAAUGUCUGUCCUAAACAGAGAACUUUAUAGUAAAUUAAAUCGUUUAGGUAGUUAUGACAUCAACUUAUCCAUUUAGGACAAAUUCUGAAAAGCUUUGGUGGUAGGAAACUAUCUCCUGGGACAUUUCAGAUUUGUUUGACUAACCACAUAAUUUUUGUAGAGGUACAUAGAAUUAUAGACACCUAUUUAGGAAUAUCUCUGAAGUGCAAAAAAACAUGGUUAGAUCUUAUAGGAUUGUAUAAUGGCGUUAAUGACUUUCAUCAUAAAGAACAAAAAUGUUGCACAAUCUUACUGACAAAACUAAGCAUUAUAUUAGGAGCAUUUAUUAAGUCUUUAAAAAUUAAGACAAAUUAUUUGUAUAAGUACCUAUGCAUUAGGUGGCUUUAUCUGAUUUCCAUUUAGCUGUUAGUCUGACUAAUAAUUAGUUGUUUUGCUAACUUUUCCAGGAGCUUUCUCCCAUCCAAGUACUAACCAGGCCUGACCCUAUUUAGCCUCUGAGAAAAGAUGAGCUCCAAUUUGAAGUAUAUUUGCAACAUUUGCAUUAUUUUGAUUCCAACUUUGUAUAGUUUUAAAAUAAGUUAUAUAAGUCUCAUUUACUCUUCCUUUAAAAGUAUUUACAUUUUUCCCCUCCUACUUCUGAUUUUUAGAACACCUACAUAUUAUCCAUUUGGUUCUUAAACUACAAAAAUCUAGUGAAAAAAUGCAAGUAUUUAGUUUUACAGAUGAGACAUAAAUAAAUCACUGUGUCCAAAGCCACAAAUCUAGUUCCCUCUCCAAUGCUUAAAUCUACAUUUCCAACUAGAAAUCUGCCCCUGGGCCACCCAAAUCAUUUUGGGUGGACAAAAUGGAAUUAUUUUCCUCCUCAGAUUCUAUUUAUCUUCCUAUAUACUCUUUCCUUAGGACAUUGCCCACUCAAUCAUUAAAGAUGGAAGUGAGGCACGGACAUGGGAGGGAACAUCAUACAGUGGGGGAUAAGGGGAAGGGAGAGCAUUAGGACAAAUACCUAAUGCAUGGAGUGCUUAAAACCUAGAUGAUAGGUGCAGCAAACCAUCAUGGCGCGUGUAUACCUAUGUAAUAAACCUGCAUGCUCUGCACAUGUAUCCCAGAACUUAAUAAAUUAUUUGUUAGUGGUAUCUUUAAGUCCUCUCUCACCUUCUAGAUCUCACAGGUCACCAAGCCCCAUCAAUUCCAUAUCCUUAACAUCUCUCAGGUGGAUUCCUUCUCCAUUUGCAUGGAUUUCACUACUUAUCACUGGAAUUACUAUAAUAACUUACUUACUGGUCUCCCUACCUCCAAGCUUACUCCUCUCAUAUCUACCUUCAAUUGCUGUCACUUGCAUUGUCUUUCAAAGUGCAGAUCUUAAUAUAUAGCUUUCCAAUCUUCGAUGGCUUCCCUUGGAAAAGCCCAUCUUCUUAAAAGAGCAUGCAGGGUGUUCAUGAUAUGUUUUUCUCUCUCUGCCAUACCAAAAACGACCAUAGCUCUAUAACCUAUCACAUGUAUAUGACAUAUUUAUAAUUAAUUUUUAUAUAUUUUUCUUAACCAAGACCAUUAUUCAUAGAUGGCAUGGACUUGAGUCUUAUUUACCUUUUAUGUUCUCCGUACUAACCAGUGUUUGUUUGGCACAUAGAAAACAUCAAUAAACAUUUUCUAGAAGCAUAAAUGCUGAGAAAAUUUAUAUAGUAUACUAGUAAAGAUAUAUCUAACACUAUCUGGCAUAUAAAGCUUCUUAGUAAAUGUUUAGUGGAUGAUAGAUGAGCUAAUUGCUGUUUAAUGAUAAUGACCCAAAAAACCCCACAACUUUUUCUUACUUUGUCUGCAAGGAAUUGUUUGCGACGCUCUUCAAUAAGUUUUUCCACAGCCCUCCUGUGUUCCAGCUGCUUUGUCCUUUGUUUCUGAGCAUUCAUUAAUUCUAUUCGAUCAUCCUCAGCAAAUUUAGCCAGCAUGGUUUUUCUGAAGUUCUCCUCUUCCUCUUUUGCAGCCUGGAGCACUAAUUCCUUCAAGGCUAUUUGUUCUUCAAAAUCUUGCUUCAUCUCUUUUUGCUUUCUCAGUUUCUCUUCUGCUUCUUCCUAAACAACAAGGCUAAAAGUCAAUUUAGGAACCACUUCCUUCUAUCAGAUUUAUAAAGAAAGAGUGAUAAAGUUUGGUUAAAUUUAGUAUUAUAAUAUGAAAUAAUGCAAACUGAAAAAGGUUUUUCACAAUAACACACUUCCCCCAUCCCUUUAAAAGUAGCUGGAUUUUUAAAGCUACUUUUCUUUUACUGUUUUCUGUUACUCAUGUUAUUCAUGUUUACCAUCUUGUUUCUCAGAAUUAAGCCAUAACUGCUUUGAAAAGAGCUGAUCAAAACAUUUUUUGACACCUAAGUUUAUUAAUCUGCGGUCUAUGGUAAAUAUCAGUCAUUCUAGAGUCUUACUUCAAACAGCUGUCUAAACCACAGAUAAGCAUUUUUCAGUUUCCAACUUCCUCCUCAAAAUCAAACCUGCAUUUACCUGCCUCCAGUCUUCUAAUAAAUAGUCCCUUCAUUCUCUAAAAUUUAAAAAACAUCUACCAAUGAAAAUCAGUACUUCUUUAGGGAAAUUCAAAUUUACUUGAAGCAGUUAAGUCCUUUCCUCUAUGUAAGCUUUUAUUUUCUGAACAUUUUAUAAUGAAAAAUUUCAUACAUACCAAAAAAGAUAAUUUUACAAUGGUCACUCACCUCUAAAUAAAUAUUCAUGCGCCAAAGAGGGAAUGCCAAGGAAAAUGAAUACAUUGUAGUUAAUAAAAAUGAGAGAGCAAAACUUGUAAGAUGCUGCUUAAGCAAUACUGAGACAUUUAAAGAACUAAAUGCAUAUAUUUAGGAAAACGCAUACAUAGCACUAACUGCAUCUAUGUGGGGAAAGUCUGAAAUCACUAAUCUAAGCUUCCACCUCAAAACCUAUUAAAAGAACUGCAAAGUAAACCCAAAAUAAACAGAAGGAAGAAAAUCCAAAAAAAUGUAGAAAUCAAUGGAAUUAAAAAUAGAAAAUAGACAAUUAUCAGUGAAACAAAUGGCUGGGCUCUUAAAAAAAAAAAAAAUCAGUGAAAUGGACAGACCUCUAAUAAGGCUGACCAAGAAAAAAUAUGAAUGAAUAAACAAACCACCAAUAUCAGGAAUAAAACACAGGACAUCACUACAGACCCUAGAGACAUCAAAAGAGUAAUAGAGGAAUACUACAAAGUUUUAUACAUUUUGGCAACUUAGAUGAAAUGGAUCACUCCCUUGAGAAACAAAAGCUACCAAAACUCACCAAAUAUGAAAUAAGGUAAUUUGAAUAGUCCUAUCACUAUUAAGGAGAAUGAAUUAAUAACUUAAAAUUCCCUGAAAAUAAAACUCCAAGUCAGGCUGGUUUCACUGGAAAAUUCCAUCAAACGUUUAAAGAAUUAAUACCAAUUCUACAUAAUCGCUUCCAGGAAACUGAAGAGAAGGAAACAUUUCCCCAUUCAUUUCAUGAAGAUAAAAUUACCCCACUACCAGUAUAAUAAUAAAAAUUAUAGACCAAUAUUCCUGGCAUACAUGGAUGCACAAAUCCUUAACGCAGUAUUAGAAAAUAGAUCACACAUUAAAAGAAUGACCAACUAGAGUUUAUUAUAGGGAUGCAAGGCUGAUUCAAUACUAAAAUAAAAUCAAUGUAAUAUACUAGGUUAAAGAAGAAAAAGGGCAAUCAUAUCAAUAGAAAAAAGCAUUUAACAAAAUUAACACUCCUUCAUGAUAAGAAGCCCUCAGAGAAAAAAGAAGACUUCCUCAACUUGAUAAAGAACACCUACAAAAAAAAAGCUAUAAUUAACAUUAUAGUUAAUGGUGAAAAAUAAAUGCUUCCCCCUAAGAUCAUCAUGAAGGAAAGGUGAUGACUACUCUCAUCACUCUUAUUCAACAUAGCGCUAGCCACUGGUGCUGGAAAUUUAGCUAGCAUGUAAAUCAAGAAAAGGAAAUAAAAAGUAUAUACAGAUCAGAAAGUAAGAAACAGCCUCUACCUAUGGGCAGAAGGCAUGCCUGACUAUGUAGAGAAAAAAAUUUCUACAGCUAACAAGUGAUUUCAGCAAGGCUGUGAGAUUCAAGGUAAACAUAAAAAUAUCAAUUCAUUAGCAAUGCAUAUGUGGACACCAAAAUUAAACCUAACGCUCCAUUUACAAUUUACAAUCUAUCAAAAAAUGAAAUACUUAGAUGUAACAAAACACAUACAGGAUUCGUAUGCUGAAAACUAUAGAAUCCUGAUGAAAAAACUCAAAGAUCGAAAUAAAGGGACAGCCUAUCAUGAACUUAAUCUAGUGCAUUUAUCAAUUCUCCACAAACUGAUACUCAAAUUUAAUGCAAUUCCCAUCAAAUUCCCAGGAAAAUUAUUUAUAGAGACACGAGUAUUCUAAAAUUCAUACAGAAAGGCAAAAGAACUAGAAUAGCUAAAAAAAAAUUUUUUUUUCUUAAGACUUACUCUAUACCUGCAGUAUUCAAAACCAUGUAGUAUUUGUGGAAGGAUGGAUACAUACACCAACAGAAAAAAAAACAGAGACCCCCAGGAAUAGACUCACACAAAUAUCCCCAACUGUAUUUUAAGAAGGGUGCAAAAGCAAUUCAAUGUUGGAGAAACAGCCAUUUCAACUGAUGGUGUAGAAUAACUAGACAUCCGAUGGCAAAAUCUGUAUUUGACUUGUCUCAUCGUUUGUAACAAAAAUUAACUCAAAACAGAUCACAAACUGAAAUGUAAAAUGGAAAAAUAAGAAAAAACACGUACAGAAAGAAAAGGAGACAUUCUUAAGGAACUAGGCAAAGAGUUCCUAGAGUUGACACCAAAGCAUUACCUAUAAAAGGAAAAAU